AUGAUGUUAAUGAAAUCACGAGUUGCUAUCGUGUGUUAUAUCUUCUUGUUAUCAUUUGUGAUGUCUAGUUUGCUAGAAUCACUUCCAAAUUUACCAUUCAUUAAUGAAAAUCAACUUGAUAAAAGAGACGACCCCGACCCCGACCCUGUUUCCAAUUGUAAAAAGGAUAAAAAUGGUAAUCCUGUUUCAGGUAAUUGUCCUCAAUGUUUUGAUAAUAAAAAUAACCCAAAAUUUGAUAAAUGCUGCUUUGAUGAUAAAAACAAAGUUACCGCAUGUUGUGAUUGGACAUCUAAAGGUCAACCAGUACCUUGUCCACCACCAAGUACAUCAGAAGAAACCUCCGCUGAAGAAACGUCGUCAGAAGAGACAUCAAGUGAAGAGACCUCCGCCGAAGAAACCUCCGCUGAAGAGACAUCAAGUGAAGAAACUACAUCAGAAGAAACAUCCGCCGAAGAGACAUCAAGUGAAGAAACAUCAUCAGAAGAAACUUCCGCCGAAGAAACAUCAAGUGAAGAAACCUCCGCUGAAGAAACAUCAAGUGAAGAAACCUCCGCUGAAGAAACAUCAAGCGAAGAAACAUCAUCAGAAGAAACCUCCGCUGAAGAAACAUCAAGCGAAGAAACAUCAAGCGAAGAAACAUCAAGUGAAGAAACCUCCGCCGAAGAAACAUCAAGUGAAGAAACUACAUCAGCUGAAGAAACCUCCGCUGAAGAAACCUCCGCUGAAGAAACAUCAAGUGAAGAAACAUCAUCAGAAGAAACCUCCGCUGAAGAAACCUCCGCCGAAGAGACAUCAAGUGAAGAGACAUCAAGUGAAGAAACAUCAUCAGAAGAAACCUCCGCUGAAGAAACCUCCGCUGAAGAAACCUCCGCUGAAGAAACAUCAAGUGAAGAGACAUCAAGUGAAGAAACCUCCGCUGAAGAAACAUCAAGCGAAGAAACAUCAAGCGAAGAAACAUCAGCUGAAGAAACCUCCGCUGAAGAAACAUCAAGCGAAGAAACAUCAGCUGAAGAAACUACAUCAGAAGAAACCUCCGCUGAAGAAACCUCCGCUGAAGAAACAUCAAGUGAAGAGACAUCAAGUGAAGAAACCUCCGCUGAAGAAACAUCAAGCGAAGAAACAUCAAGCGAAGAAACAUCAAGCGAAGAAACAUCAAGCGAAGAAACUUCCGCCGAAGAAACAUCAAGUGAAGAGACAUCAAGUGAAGAAACCUCCGCUGAAGAAACAUCAAGUGAAGAAACAUCAAGUGAAGAAACUUCAGCCGAAGAAACUUCAGCCGAAGAAACUUCAUCAGAGGAAACAUCAUCAGAAGAGAUCCCACCGACAUCUACCGGCAAGGAAACUGAGACAUCUGAAAUUACAGAAACAGAAACAGAAACUGAGACUGUUACCUGUGUUGAAUGUUCUAAAACCUCAACUGAAACCAAAACAAAAACAUCAACAGAAACUUCGAAGCAUACUGUUGAGUCUACUGAAGUUAAAUACCACACUGUCACUAAGGAGACUACUGUUUAUGUUACUACUUGUCCAAACGGAGUUGUUACCACUGAAACAGCUAUUUGCAUUAUUGUAACCAACGAAUUUACUACAAAGACAAAGACAGAGGUUAUACAAACUACUGUUGUCAACGAACAAACUAUUACCACGACUUGCCCAAUUGAAGAGUUAUAUACCAAACAUUACACAAAGACUGUUUACACUACUCAAACCAUCGGAGAAACUGUUGUUGAAACAUGUGCUGUUAUUGUUACUACCAAUGAGCAACAAGUUGUUGUUACCAAGACGAUCCCAGUUCCAGCCACCGAAGUUGCCAAAUAUACCACCACCAUCGAAACUACGUUGACACAACCAAGAACCAUUACAUCCGAAGUCAUCGUGUACUGUACUACCAACGAACAGGGUUACACAAUUACCAAGACAAUUACAGGCGAAGAAGCUACUACUAAUGAAAUUGUUUCUACUAAAUUGACUACACAUGGUAAACCAGGAACCACUACACAAACCACAGUCGCCGGAGAAAGCACCCCAGGAACAGUUGGUAAACCUCCUACUACAUUGACAACGCCAACUAUCGAGGGUCAACAAUCAUCACCAACUCCUGCUGUUGUGUCACCAUCUAUACUUGAAGCUAUUGCUGGUCCAGCAAGACUUGGAGUUCAUCUUGAAAUCACCAUUGGUUUGAUUUGUGCUUUCAUAAUGCUAUAA